CUUUAUCUGAACUCCCAACCCGUUCUCCAAAUCCUUCAAUUCUGUCUGUAGAGUCAUGGCCUUGAAUGAGCAAAAAGAAGAAAUUCAUGUGCUAAUGGUGGCAUUCGCCUCUCAAGGUCAUAUCAACCCUUUGCUUAGACUAGGAAAUCGCCUUGUCUCCAAAGGUCUCCACGUCUCCCUAGCCAUCACUGAAAUAUUCCAGCAUCGUCAGCGCAAGUCUUCCUCAACCACCCACACCACCGAUUCCAUCGCCGGAAUCCAACUUCUAUUCUUCUCCGAUGGCUUCAGCAUCGAAUAUGACCGUGGAAGCAAUCUCGAUCACUACAUGGAGACCCUUGGAAAAGCCGGACCCAUUAGCCUCUCAAACCUUAUCAAAGAUAAUUUCCAUGGCGGUAAAAAGAAACUCUCUUGCAUCAUCAACAACCCCUUUGUGCCGUGGGUGGCAGACGUUGCGGCGGAGCAUCGAAUUCCGUCCGCCAUGCUAUGGAUUCAACCUUGUGCUCUCUAUGCCAUUUACUACCGUUUUUACAACAACCUCAACCCCUUUCCUACACAAACAAACCCAGAAAUGAGUGUUGAAUUACCAGGCCUUCCACUGCUGCAGACACAAGACCUUCCAUCAUUCGUCCUCCCUUCAAAUCCAUUCGGGAGUAUGCCGAAGCUCUUCACCGAGUUGUUCAAAAACAGCAUGAAGAAGAUCAAGUGGGUACUGUGUAACUCCUUCUAUGAGCUUGAGAAGGAAGCCAUUGAUUCCAUGGCAGAGCUCUGCCGAAUACACCCUGUUGGUCCUUUAGUCCCUCCAUCGCUACUCGGCGAGGAUCAAAAUCCUGAUAUUGGUGUUGAUAUGUGGAAGCCUGACGAAGCCUGCAUGGAGUGGCUCAACCACCAAACACCUUCUUCGGUUAUCUAUAUUUCCUUCGGCAGCAUCAUCGCUUUAUCUGAUAAGCAAUUUGAGAGCAUUGCAGCAGCGCUAAAGAACAGUAGCCGUCCAUUUCUUUGGGUCGUGAAGGCUUCAGUAUUAACAACAUCAGAUAGUGCCGGAGCAUUGCCAUCAGGGUUUCUCGAAGAUACAAAAGACCAAGGAAUUAUCGUGCCGUGGUGUCCUCAAACGAAGGUUUUAGCCCACCCGACUAUUGCAUGCUUUUUGACGCAUUGUGGGUGGAAUUCCAUGCUAGAGGCGGUAGCGUCUGGCGUGCCCAUGAUUGCAUAUCCACAGUGGACUGACCAGCCUACAAAUGCAAAGCUUAUUGCUGAUGUUUUGAAGGUAGGUGUGAGGCUCCGGCCGGAAAGCGAUGGGGUCGUCACAGCCGAGGAAGUAGAAAAAUGUAUCAAAGAAGUUAUGGAUGGGCCUGAGUCAGAGGAAUUUAAGAGAAAUGCCGCGGAGUUCAAGCGGACGGCUCGGUUGGCAACGGCUGGUGGCGGCUCCUCGGAUCGGAAUAUCCAAGUUCUUGUGGAUGAGAUUAUUAGCGGUGGUUCCACUGGCGUUUGAUGUGUUUAUGGCGUGUAGUGCAAGUGCAGCCGGCCAUGAAAAGCAUGUCUAGGUUAGUGGUCAGAAACCUCAUUCAUAAAUGAUAAUAUAUAGGAUAAUGUUUCACCGUCACUAUAGUAGGGCCAUUUACAAAUAAACGACAAUGAUAUGAAUCAACUGGAACUAUAUAUUAAUUAAGAAAAUGCUGUCAUGGUUUUGUAUUUGAAGUUUAA